CUUAUUCUGAGUUAUCCACCAUGAAGGGAAGACUUAUUGUGCUGUGGCUUCUGAUCAUCUGUAUCGCAACAGGUGCUGCAUACAAGAGGUCUCCGGGAAAGAAUAAGGCCAGAGAGCCUAAAUGUUCGGGUGAAAAGCGCUUCGGAUGCAUAAAGAUGUGGCUCCCUGUGUGCGGCAGUGAUGGAGUCACUUAUGCCAAUGAGUGUAUCCUCUGCAAGGAGAACCGGGAAUUCGACAAGAACAUCUUGGUCAUCAAACGAGGUCCCUGCUCACUUGAAUGAUUGAUCAAAUCAACACCAUGAGGCAACCCAGAAACAUCCAUCGUUGUCUCAUUGUAAUAAAAUCUAAGUGUGAUCAA